UCAAUUCUCUCCUCACGAAGAAAGUGAUGGAGCUGCUCAUUCCUCUAUAAUGCACUUGCACAAGUAUUUUAUCGAAUCUCCGCUGAAAAUGAGUGCGAGGUCAAGGCUUUGGGGAUUACUUUUGGCAACUCUUACAUGGUUUACGUGCUUCUACGGCUUAUGUUGCUUAGAGAAAGCAUCCUUGCCACCCUACAAAUUUAUGCAAAAUGCAACAGAAGCACCGCCAGCAUCAUACUAUGACUACAUCAUCGUCGGAGGCGGCACCGUCGGCUGUCCGUUGGCCGCUACUCUCUCUCAAACCUCCAAAGUCCUACUCUUAGAAAGAGGAGGCUCUCCUUAUGACAACAACAACAUAACACAUCUCUCGGGCUUCACAGACUCCCUAUGUGACACCUCCCCAACCUCCGCAGCCCAGCAAUUCGUUUCCCAAGACGGCAUCAAUAACAUCCGUCCUCAUGUGCUCGGUGGAGGCACGUGCCUCAAUGCCGGAUUCUACAGUCGAGCCAGUAGCGAUUACGUUAGAAAAGCCGGGUGGGACAUGAGAUUGGUGAAGGAGUCAUACGAAUGGAUUGAGGAGUUGCUGGUUCAGGAGCCAGAGUUGAAGCAGUGGCAGUCGGCUGUGAGGGAUGGGCUAGUGGAGGCGGGGGUGGUGCCAGAUAAUGGGUUUACAUAUGAGCAUCUGAUAGGGACGAAGAUUGGAGGGACGAUUUUUGACCGAGAUGGGCACAGGCGUACCGCUGCAGAUUUACUAGCACAGGCGGAGCCAAAACAGACUACGGUUUUCUUAUGGGCUACGGUUUAUAAGAUCUUGUUCAAACGAGGCCGACAAAGACCAAUAGCCUAUGGUGUUCUAUUCAAGGACUCAACAGGAGAAACUCACGAAGCAUAUCUAAAGAACAACCCAAACAACGAGAUCAUUAUAUCAGCUGGAGCACUCGGCAGCCCUCAACUACUAAUGCUUAGCGGUAUCGGCCCCUCCGAUCAUCUUCAAUCUCUAGGCAUUGAGAUGGUCAUGGAUCAACCCUUAGUAGGCAAAAACAUGGCUGAUAAUCCGAUGAACGCUAUUUACGUUCCCUCUCCUUCGCCUGUUGAGCUCUCUCUUGUUCAGCCUGUUGGAAUCACUAUCUUUGGUAGUUACAUCGAGUCCAUCAGUGGCUACAAAUACCUCAUUUGUCCACCAAGCUCUUUGUCAAGAUCAGGUUUCAUAGUUGAAAAGGUCGCAUACCCUAUUUCAACAGGAUAUCUUAAGCUUGUAAAUACAGAUCCAGAUCACAAUCCAGAGGUUACCUUUAACUACUUUCAAGAACCACAGGACCUUCAGACUUGUGUUGAAGGUCUAAAGACUAUUGGUCGUGUGAUACAAUCUGAAUCGUUCUCCAAGUUUCGGUAUCCAGAUGCGACAUUUGAUUCAUUGCUCAAUGAGACUUUGCAGUAUUUGGGUAUCAAGAAAUCAAAUACACUUGCAAACAAUAAAAUAUCAAUUGAACAAUUUUGUAAGGAUACUGUGAUGACGAUAUGGCAUUAUCAUGGAGGUUGCCAGGUUGGGCAGGUUGUGGAUCGCGAUUACAAGGUUCUUGGUGUUGAUGCGCUUAGGGUUCUUGAUGGCUCCACGUUCAAUUCAUCUCCUGGAACAAAUCCACAAGCUACUCUUCUAAUGCUUGGAAGGUACAUGGCAGUUAAAAUUCAACAGGAGAGGCUUAAUAUGAAAGAGCAUGUUAGCAUGUAAUCUUCUUGGGGAAGAGAAUUAUUGUUGGACUUCAGUAGCAACAUAUUGAAAGCACUAGAAUUUCAUCAAAAAAAUUAUGUUGUAAGCAUUUAAAAUGUAGGUGAUAAAUAAUCUUGUUGAAGAAUUGAAGUGCUUCAAGAAUUUAAAUAAUAAUGAAAAUAAGGGAGUUGUAACUCCAGUUCAAUCAAUAUAUGUCAUACUUUGAUUAA